UUAUAAACCACACUUUCCCUUUAAAAAUCACUUCUCUCUCUAAAAAAAUCAAUUCUCACAAUCAAUCAAUCAAAUAUAUAAACAAAAGAAAACGAAACGUAUACAAAAAGCUUUCUAGUUUCAUUCAUCGCCGUGAAGUUUCUCUUCUAUUUCAGGGGAUUUUGCUGUUAAUCUCUGCAUCCCAACAUGGUGUUUUCAUCUAAAUUGUUGUAGUUUGGGUCUAGGAAUUGUUGAAUCUUUCUUGGAAAUUGGGUUUUGUGGUGCCAUCAAAGUGCAUACAAACUGUUUGUUGAAAUGGUUGAAUCAAUGGCUGCUACUUCACUACUUGGCCACCGACCUAUCUGUGAAGGAAAUUUGAUCAGGGAUGUUUCUGGUAAGAGGAAAUCUUUCAACAGUUGCUGCAGAUUCCCAGCAGUUGAGUUUCUUGGUGGUAGGAUUGUUGUUGCUCAGCCUUUGCCGAAAUCCAAACACGGUAGCUUGUUGUCGUCGUCGUCAUCGUCGAUUAAGGCACUGGCUGUGGAGCUCACAAGAGAAGCACACUCUUACCAGGAAGAAAGAUUGCCCGAGAAAGAUAAUAACAAUAGCAGCAACAACAACAAGAUUGAUAGUGGUUUUGAUCCAAGGCCUAGUUUGUGGCCUCCAGCUAAUAGAGCAGAUAACCCUUCGCUCGGGAAUCCGUUGCUGCGGCAAGAGAGGAUGGGAUGUGGGUGGUUGGGGGCCAUAUUUGAGUGGGAGGGGGUUCUCAUUGAAGCCAACCCUGAUCUGGAGAAGCAAGCUUGGCUAGCUCUUGCUCAAGAAGAGGGUAAAGCCUCUCCUCCUGCUUUCAUCCUCAAGAGAGUAGAGGGCAUGAAGAAUGAGCAAGCCAUUUCUGAGGUUUUGUGCUGGUCCAGGGACCGUGGACAGCUUAGAAGAUUGGCUGAUAGAAAGGAAGAAAUCUACCAAGCCUUGCAGGGUGGGAUAUACAGUCUCAUGCCUGGCUCCAAAGAGUUUGUGAGUGUUUUGAUGCAUUAUAAGAUACCGAUGGCAUUGGUUUCGACGCGUCCGCGAAAAGCUCUUGAGGCUGCUAUAGGGGAGAUUGGUAUCGGAGACAAUUUCAGUGUUGUUGUAGCUGCAGAGGAUGUUCACAGGGGAAAGCCUGAUCCGGAGAUGUUUAUGUAUGCUGCACAGCUUUUGAGCUUCAUACCUGAGAGGUGCAUUGUGUUUGGAAACUCGAAUCAGACAGUGGAGGCCGCACAUGAUGCUCGGAUGAAGUGUGUAGCUGUUGCUAGCAAGCAUCCUGUGUAUGAGCUGAGGGCUGCAGAUUUAAUCGUGAGGCGUUUAGAUGAGCUAACCGUGGUUGAUUUGAAGAAUCUGGCCGAUAUUGAAGCAGCUGAAUUUGACUCUGGGGAGCCUGAGGUGGAGCUGGAGCUGGAUGAAGAUUCUGAUACAUCAUCUCUUGAUGACAGUUUCUGGUAAAUCAUAUAAAUGUACAGUUGAUUGCACUUCAUCUGAUUCUUGAUGAUAUUAGUUACAAAUUAGUUAGUUACUUGUGUAUAUGGUGAACAGUGAACAUAAUAAAUGAAAAAAAAAUGUUAUAAA